UUUGCCUCGGGCUAGCAGAGAAUCGAACGAAAUUCAUAAACAAUAUCGUCAGGAAAAAUAAAAAGGAACCGCAAAACGGAGAUAAAUUUAAGUGUAAUUUUCAGUAUAUCAUCAACGACCGUUCGAACAUGCGUUCCUAUCUCGACCAAACGAUUUUAUUACUAAUUUUCAGCGCCGUUUCGGGCGCACUUUCUAAACUCGAAUUCGAAUAUCACACCAAUGAACAGAUGGAGGAGAUUCUUAAACGAUUCGAAACAAUCGGAAACACCAAAUUAACCACGAGAUUGUACUCAAUUGGGAUUUCUUCUAGUUUUCAAAAGCCGUUUCCACUGUGGGUCCUCGAGAUAACGGCUGCUCCAGAGAACAGAACGGGCGUUCCCAACGUCAAAUUACUGGGAAACAUGCACGGCAACGAAGCUGGAGGUAGGGAAAUUCUCCUCCACUUCAUCGAGAAUUUAAUAACGCUUUACGACAAAGAUUCGAGAGUGACUUGGUUGUUAAAGAACACCAGGCUCCACAUCAUGCCCACGCUGAACCCGGAUGGUUUCAGCGAAGCCAGUAACAGCUGCCAUGGUAGUAUGGGCAGGGAAGUACCUUCGUUCAUGGUGGAUUUGAACAGGAACUUUCCGGAUUUCUUCCACCCUAACCCCGAACUGGUGCAUGCCGAGGAGACCAUAGCAGUGAUGAAUUGGAUGGAUAAAACCAAGUUUAUUCUAUCGGCGGCGUUGCACGAGGGAGAUAUGGUCGCCAAUUAUCCUUACGACGCCAUCAAUCCGAACGGGUUCGGGGCAUAUUUGACUCCGGACGACGACGUUUUCAAGUAUUUAGCGAGAGUGUACGCCGACAAUCACCCGGUUAUGCACGCAAGCAAAGGCUGUUCCAAUGCUGGAAAGGACUUCAAAAAUGGUAUCACCAAUGGAGCCGAUUGGUACCAAUUUGAUGGUGGUAUGGGUGAUUACAACUACAAUUUCCACGGAUGUAUGGAGGUUACGCUGGAAUUGUCCUGUUGUAAAUAUCCGUCCAACCUUACGAAAUUGUGGAGUGAAAAUGAAAAAUCGUUGUUAAUGUAUUGCAUGCAGGCGAACAUGGGCGUAACAGGCUUGAUUCUUGAUGGCACAACAAGAAAACCCGUCGAAGAAGAAGCUAUGCUGAGAAUAGAAGGAAGAAAAUUAUAUUUCAGGAGUUUCCAAAAAACUGGUGAAUUUUGGAGGAUACUCUUGCCGGGAAAGUACAUUCUUCGGGUGGAAGUUCCCGGUUAUUAUACUCAUUACGAAAAUUUUACGGUAGAGCAACCUGUUAACGGCUUCCCAAAACUCACCAAUUUGACUAUCCUGCUGGUUAACGCUUCAUUUCCUACCACUACAACCACAACCACGACAUCUUCAACGACUCCAACAACUACUAUUAGAAGUAAACCAUCCGUUGCUGCAAAUUUAACAGCCAGAUUUGGCCAAAACGAUGGCGAAAAAACAGACAAUGUUACUUGGAAUGAACAAGUUCCAAUCCUUGCUGCCUCAACAAGCAAGAGUUCUAGAGAUCUCCUACUAAGCGAAUUAUUCUUAUUAAUAUUUAUAACGACAUUUUAUCUUCUACUUUAAUGCAAUUAAGUAUAGAGUACCUAAAAUAAAAAUAUCACAAACUAAUAAAUACUGUACUAAUAAAAAUUGUAAAUAUAUCUACA